GUGGAGCGGGUUCCUGCUGUGCGCCGUCGCCAUGCUGCUGGUCAUAUUCCCCAUGUUCACCUUCCCCAAGAAGCUCCCUCCGCGGCACAAGAAGAAGAAGAGGAGGAAAAAGCUGAGCCUGGACGACAUGUCCAGCGACGACGACGUGCUGAAGGAGAAGAGCAACAACAGCAAACACCAGACGGUCACCUCGUCCAUGGGCUUCGGGAAGGACAUCAAAGAUCUUCCCAAAGCUGCGGUGAGGAUCCUCAGCAACGUGACCUUCCUCUUCGUCAGCCUGUCCUACACAGCCGAGAGCGCCAUCGUCACCGCCUUCAUCACCUUCAUCCCCAAGUUCAUCGAGUCGCAGUUCGGGAUCCCGGCCUCCAACGCCAGCAUCUACACCGGUGAGCUGGAGAACAGAAACGUUCAUGAGAGCGGAAACGUUUCUUUAUUUAACGUCUAGAGAGGAGAUGCAGACAGC